AUGGUUCACUGCUUUGCAACGGGCUGUGACCAUCAUUCCGAAUCACAUACUUGUAAAUUCUAUGGGUUUCCACAUAAAAUUAAGAAAAAGGAGGAGUACCAACGCUGGAUUCGAUUAAUAAGGUAAGGUUAAUUUAUAGUUUGUCGUAGAUCGUGUGUUAUCAGUUGCGUGGCGCUUUCGCGGCGUUUUGCUGUUUGGCUUGUGUUUUGAGCUGUGAUGUCAUUCAAGGAGUAGUAUCUCACAAAGUCUUUGCGAUAGUAUCUUAAAUAAUAUCCUUACAUUAGUUCUGGUGAAAAGGAAAACAGCUUUGAUCAGUCGUUGACUCGCAUGAUAUGCUUGAAAAAUUCAGUAGACUAAAAAUAAAUAUAUUACCAUGAGAUUCAUUCAUUCGUGCUUUAGUUGGAAACUGUUUACAGUUCAUGACGAACGACUGCUUUCUCAAAAGAGAAAAAAUAUUAUUUCCCUUAGCAGUUUGACGAGGAGGAGUUUUAUUUUGUUCUAGUUCAUUUUGGCGGGCGACAUUGUUGCUGAUUUAGAAUAAACAAUAUUAAAGCACUCGUUUGUAAUAGCUUUAGAUGUCGCACAGUGCUACUCUAAAAUGACUAACUAGUACUACUUAAUGAGCUUAUUUUGUUUAUAUAAACUUACAGAAGAAAAGACAGGGAACCAGGGAAUCACUCCAGAAUAUGCAGUUGUCACUUCAGAGAUGGGAAAAAUAGUGCUGGCCCAGAAAUUUACACACGUAAUGCUGACAAGUUGUUUCUAUCAGAAAGAUUACCUCGAAAAAGGAAAAAACAGAGCACUACACAGAGCACUAGUGUGCAUGACAUGGUGCAGGCCAUUCGGGCCAAAGAAGAGGAGGCACUUCCUUUGCAAGAAAAACCUUUAACAAGCGAGAUUAUUCUUGAAGCCGAACUUUAUCUUGCAAAGAGGGAACUGUUAUGACAUGUGUACUAUAUAUUCAGUAAAAAGCAACAACUUUAUUUUAAGUCCAAAUAAGGAAACAGGUAACGUGACAAGUGACGCAUUUAUCGUAACAUCUCCCUUCUUUUGGAGUAAGCUAAUUUCCGAAAGAAACAUAUAAACAUAAAUAAAUGUGUUCAAGUUGAACAGAUUACUGAAAAUAACAUUUGAAAAAAAGAACAAAACAAACGGAACUUAGUGCAAGACUAAAAGUUGAAAAUCCUUAUUCAAGUGACUGUCCGAUAGUCAGUUUUUUUAAUAUGAACACUUCGAGUUCUCCUGAGCUGAAGUCAAUUUUCAUAUGAUAAACUACAUAACAAAGUCACUGAACCUCGAGGGUGGCUUUACAACUCUGGUACGAGUUUUCUUCACUGGAACAGUUUGUGAUGUCAAGAUUGGCUUUGGUUCAUGAUUAGCUGAAUUAGCAUCUUGCUUUAAAGGCUGGUUAACACUCUUUGAAAGCUCGCUGUCACUGCUUUCAAUUGGUUUGGCUUGUUCAGUUGGUUGUGCAGCUGGCUUUAGAAAUUCCCGAUUUCGACGGAAUACUUGAUUGUCUGAACUGGUUUUUACUAUAUAGGACCUGUCUGAUAGUUUCUUAAUACAGGUACCUGUUUUCCAGCUUUGAUUCCUCUGCAGAGGUGCCACUCUUAUCUCUUGCCCAACUUGUAAUUCUGGUGGGGUGCGCGAUGUGCGAUCAUGGUACCACUUAGCCUUUUGCCUUUUCAACUUCAGCUUUGCAUUCACAUUUUCUGGAAUCUUGGGGUACAGUAGGUUAGAAGCUGUAGGUAGUAAGGUUCUGGUGCGUCUAGACAUCAAUCUCUGUGCAGGGCUACUUUCUAGGGAUUCUGUUGGUGUGUUGCGUUGGUCCAAUAGGGCUAACCAUGGAUCUUUGUUGUCUUUAAGAGCUUUCCUGAAUAAAGACUUGACAACUUUCACAGCAGACUCUGCCUUUCCGUUGGAUCUGUGAUGAUGCGGGGAAGAAGAUACGUGAGUAAACUCCCAAUCGACUGAAAACUGAUGGAACUCAUGGCUUGUAAACUGAGGAGCGUUGUCUGUAGCUAGCGUAUCUGGAAUGCCAUGUCGGCUGAAUUGUUCCUUAAAGAAUUCAAUCACGGAACUGGAAGUGUUUUCCUCCAAUUUUUGUACUUCCAAGAAAUCCGAAUAGAAGUCAACAAGCACGAUAUAUUCCUUGCCAUGAAGUGUGAACUGGUCAGCAGCGACUCGACUCCACGGGCGGUCAGGAAGGUCAUGGCUUUGCAUUGGGAGCUUCUGAUUCUUAGCUUGAAAUUCGUUGCAAAUUGAACAUUGUUUGAUUUGGUCUUUCACUUCUGCAUUCAUACUAGGCCAGAAUACAGUGUCUCUAGCUUUUCGUAGGCAAGCCUCUACUCCUAAAUGGCUGGAAUGAAUUUUGGAUUUCACUUCAGGUCUCAGUAACUGGGGGAUGACUACUCUCGAGCCUUUGAAAAGAACACCAUUGUGUACUGUCAGCUCGUCGCGGUAAGACCAAUACUCCCGGAUCUUGAUUGGUACUUGAUCUUUCUGCAUUGGCCAUCCGGUCAGAAUAGUGGUUUUCAGUGUCUGCAAGGUGUCAUCGUGACUUGUGCUACGCUGCAAUUGAUCCAGUCUUUCUGGCGUGACCUUCAGGGCUUGCAAAGGGUCUAGGCUCUCCAGCUCUAAGGAAAAUACUUGAAAAGAUUCUUCUGGCCUGGAGGUUUCAUGCUGUGCGGCUCUAGACAAAUGGUCGGCUAAGAGCAUUUGGGAACCAGGUUUGUAUUUAACUGUCAGGUUGAAUCGUUGUAGCCUGAGAAGCAUUCUUUGGAGACGGCAUGGAGCUGAUAGUAGAGACUUUUUAAUUAUUGACUCUAGAGGCUUGUGGUCAGUUUCGACUAAAAUCUGCUCCCUGCGUGCUAGAUAUUGAUUGAAUCUUUCACAAGCGAAGACUAUUCCCAGACAUUCUUUCUCUAUGGUUGCAUAUCUUUGCUCUGUUGGCGAGAGAGUUCUGGACGCGUAAGCGACUGGCUGUCCUUUUUGAAGAAGGACUGCGCCAAGGCCUUUAUUACUGGCGUCCGUCUGAAUAGUUACUUCUUCUUCUAUGCUGUAGAAUUUAAGCACUGGGUGUUGAAUAACCAAGCGUUGAAUAGUGGCAAAGGCUUCAUCAUGCUGUUUGGCCCAGGUGAACUUGGACUGGUCAGUAGUGAGCUCUCUUAAAGGUGCUGACACAUCUGAAAGCCUUGGUAGAAAUUUAGAUAGAUAGUUGACAAAACCAAGCAAGGUAAGAACUUCAGGCUUAGUCGUUGGCUUCGGCAUGUUCUUGAUGGCAGUAACUUUAUCGGGAUCCGGUUUCAGUCCAUCCCUUGAAAUUACAUGGCCCAUGAAUUUAACUUCUGCUUGUCGAAGCUUGACUUUGUUCUUGUUGAGUUUCAGAUGGACUUGUUUGGCUCGUUCAAGUAGGCGAACCACAUUCUGAUCAUGAUUAAGACGUGCUUUCGAGUCGGUUUCACCAUAACAAACAACAAGAAUAUCAUCUCUGAUAACUUUCACACCAGGCAGGUCUGCGAGGCAUUCCUGUAGUCUGCUUUCAAAGACUUCUGGGGCUAAACUUAUACCAAAGGGCAUCCUUAAGUAACGGUAUCUUCCUAGGGGUGUCCAGAAAGUUGUGAGUUUACUACUCUCUUGGUCAAGGCCAACUUGAUAGAAUCCAUCUUUUGCAUCGAAGGAACUGAAGAUUCUAGCUUUGUUGAGCUCUGGUAACAGUUCUUCCAACGUUGGCAUUUGAAAUUUGGGACGUUGUAUCGCACGGUUGAGGUCUUUCGGAUCCAGACAAAUUCGAAUCUUCUGAGGUUUGGCAACUACUACCAUACUGCUGAUCCACUCGGAAGGUUCCACCAUUUUCUUAAUAAUGCCUUUCUCUUCCAACUCUAGAAUCUUGUUCUUAACUUCCUUUUGUAGUGCAACUGGUACACGACGGGGGGAAUGUUGUACUGGUUUAAAACUUGGGUCAACCCUAAUCUUUACAUCUCCAAUAUGUCCUAAUCCACUGAAAACUUCAUGAUACUUGCUCAAGAGUUCUUCCUUUGACAGAAAUGUUUGUGGUAGGGUCUCACUUAUCUGACGUACAUUCUCGGGGACGCUGACAUUUAGGAGGAUGAGUUGCAACUUUUCACAGGUUUCAGCUGAUAGCAAGGGCUUACACUUGUGUUUUAUGACUUGAAACUUCAGAACCUGUUGUUUGCCAUUGUGUCUGACAUGCAGGUCGCACUCACCAACUGGCUUCAAAGUUGUACCGCCAAAGAGCUUCAGUUUAACUGAGGAGUUGUUCAUGGGUAGGUCUCCUAACUGUGUGAUAGCUGAGAGGUCGUCCAAGCCAAUUACAUUACAUGUAGCUCCAGUGUCUAAUUGACAUGCCAAGGUUGUGGUGAAGUCUUCUUUAGCUGAUUUGAAGAAACUGAUAUCUGCAAGCCACUGUUUUGCUUUAGUUUGGACUAUAGACACAGUUUCCACUUGCAAACAGCUUUCGUCAGGACUGUCAUCCUCGUCUUCUUCGAAUUGUUGAAUCUUCUUUGAUGAUCGGCAUACAGACGCAAAAUGGCCCUUUUUUUGACACUUGUUGCACGUUUUCUUGAACGCGGGACACUCUGUUCUUCUUUCAUGACGUUGUUUACGACCACAAUACUUACAGGUCGGUUCGAAAGAACCUUCGGAUUUCUUUUUUUCUAAUUUUUUCUCUAAAUUUGACGAUCUUCCUCCAUCUCUCUUCUUACUACGACUUCUAUGGGGAAAUUUCUUCUCGCUAAAUUUCUUUACGUCUUCUGUCUUGUUGUCUCCAGCGCCUAUUAUCGUCUUGAUUUGCUGCGAGGCGAUUUCACUCGUAGUGCACAUCUGUAUGGCUUUCUUCAAGUCCAAGGAUUUUUCUCUCAAGAGUCUCACCUUGUCACCUUGAUUCUUUAAACCAAUGACGAGCCUGUCCCUGAUAAGCUCAUCUGUUAGUGCACCGUAUUCGCAGGACGCGGCCAAUUUUCUCAGACGUGUGACAUAACUUUGGACAGAUUCUUCGCUUUGCUGCACACACGUAUUAAAAACAUACCGUUCGUAAACCAAAUUUCUGCUAGGUUUGAAGUAGCUUUCUAAAGCUUCUAAACAUUUGUCGAUUUUCUUCUUAUCGUCCUCUGGAAGAUUUAGGUUGAGUAAGAUCUGAAGACACUCUCUGCCCAUCGAUGAACGCAAAGUCGCUAAACGGACCGAUUCCUCUCGCUUAUCGAGGCCUGUUGCUGUUUCAUAGUCACUCCAUUGCUGCUUGAAAAAAUCCCAGUUGCCAGUAACGUCACCGUGACACUUCAUAGGACUUGUGAGCGGAAAAUUUGGAGAAAUAACUUGAGGAUAAGUUGGGGCGGUGGGUUGAACUGUGUUAGGUGCUGCCAUUGAUGGCACGUCGAUUUGCGCGCCCGACUCCACGUGGUCGUUAUCUGACGGCAUCUUGAGUUCUUUUUUCUACACUUUGAGCUCAAAAUUCUCUUUGAAAUUACGAAUAAUAUAAGGAAACAGUAUCAGCAAGGUACCUUCGGCGAUUAAUUUUCAAAAAAAGUACAGAAUGCUCAGAAAAUCCAUCCCGUUUCUGACACCAUGUUAUGACAUGUAUACUAUAUAUUCAGUAAAAAGCAACAACUUUAUUUUAAGUCCAAAUAAGGAAACAGGUAACGUGACAAGUGACGCAUUUAUCGUAACAGGAACUUGAGCAGCAGAGAGAAGCUGCACAGUACCAGAGAACACAUUAUUCUGCAUCAACUCUUACCACAUAUGUUCUUCGUAUGGAAACUGGACUACCAACAAAAGAGGUUUUCCAGAUUGUAGUAAAUUAUGCCUCUAGAUUUAAAGAUUCUUUGUCAUACUACACAGGUUGGAGGGUGGAGUCAAUAAGUUUUGAAGAUCAAAUUUUAAUCACCCUCAUGAAACUGAGACAAAACUAUACUAAUCUCCACAUAGCUCAGUUAUUCUCUUGUAGUGUUGCUACCAUUUCAAAUGUAGUUACAACAUUUGUUCAUGUUUUACACAAUAUCUUAUUUGAUGAUUUGAUGACCAAUAUCCCUUCUAGGGAGAAAAACAAAUUAUGCUCUCCUUCAUCAUUCUCAAUGUUUACUAGCUGUAGAAUAGUUAUUGACUGUACAGACAUUGAAAUUGCAGCACCCAGUCUUAUGAGUCAACAGAAUACAAUAUAUUCAAACUACCGAGGCAUGAAUUCUUUUAAAGUUAUAGUCGGGGUGGCACCCAAUGCAGUUAUAAUGUAUGUAAGCAAACUGUAUCCAGGAUCAAUUUCAGAUAAGGAAAUUGUCAAACAGUCUGGCCUAAUGAACCAUAUAGCAAGUGAUGACCUGAUCCUUGCAGACAAGGAGUUCUUAAUUCAAGACAUUGUAUUUUUCUGGGAACAUUCCUCCCUUCUUACAGAAUGGAAAAUUCACUGCCAGUGA